AUGCAGAGACCGGCCAAGACUUUUCUGUCCCGAAUAAGCCAUCAAUUUGGUGGGCUGUUGAAGGCUGCAGGCACGCACUUGGGAUAUAAGGAAGCUGGUGUGUCAACCAGCCAAAGUCCGAGGCUGCAGGUCUUGUCAGCAUGCACCGGUUGCAGCGCUGAGUCUUUCGUGCUGAAGGGCCUCCGUAUCGACUUUGAUAUCCUGUCUGCGUCCGAGAGCAACACUGAGUACCAGAAGUUUAUUCUUGCCAAUCAUUCUGAGCACUUCAAGCAUCUACAUGAGACAGUUGAGAAGCAGUUGAAGCCCACGGGUCCAUGUGUGAUAUGUGCCAAGAAUGGGACAUCGUGUGAGGACUUCAGCCGUCAGGUUCAGUUUCAGGCAGAUAUCAUGGUGACAGGGUCACCCUGCGACCCUUUUUCUGUUCAAAGGGCGAAGCGCUUUCAAUGUGGUGCAGUCAAGGAUCAUGUUGCCUACCGCAUAACAAUGUCUUCGGUGAUCGACAUGUACUGCAAAUAUGGACCCCAUGUUGGGGUCCUUGAACAAGUCAUGGGAUUCACUUAUCCCUUGGACACUACAACUGAUGAGACGCCAUACCAGAGGUUUCUUCAGCUCUUUGCUGCAGCCCCGCUGCAGCACGGCGGCUACUACGUGGUCAAGCUUGCCCUGGAUGCGAAGAUUUGGCUUCGCAUUUCCAGACCGAGGUGCUUCCUGGUGCUGUUCCGCAAGGACAAGUUCAGCAAGGAGCAUGUUAAACGGUUCAAGACUAUGGUUGAGGCAUUGUCUGGCUGGAUCCAGCAGAACCACACACCGCGGAGCUUGGCAGAGUUCUUGCUCGAGGAAUCCAGCCCUGUGUUCCAUGAGCACUGGUCCCAGAUGCUGAGUCAGAAGGCGCCUGUGCCUACACCAGUUCGAGGAUUGCCGAUGUGGAAGGUGCAAUCUCUGAAGCUGCGGCAGAACUUGGGAGAUUCAUUUCAGCAGUUGAAGCCGUGGACGUCGGCAGGGUUUCAACUGCAAGGGCUUGGCCAGAAUCCCCGCCUACUUGAAGUGCUGGAUUUGGCAGUCAUCCAUUAUGCUGACAAGGAGAUCUUUCAGGGUAGCAGCUCCACACUUGAUGUCAAGCAGCGACUCCGUGAGUCAUGCUUAGAUUUGUACACUGAUGUGUCGCAGAAUCCGAGUAGAAAGGCAUACACAUGUCGUGCCACUGGUGUGUCCAAGUGUUUGACAACGUCGAGCUUUGUCUAUGGGCACGCAAGAGAUCGCAUCAUACUCCCUCUGGAGCAGAUGCUGUGGCAGGGGCAUUCGCUAGAGACGAAGUUUCCCCCUAGUAUGCCGCAGUCUGCAAUCAAGAGCUUGUCGGGUGAAGGGAUUUGCUUACCGUGUUUGGGUCUGAUCUUUUAUGCAUUGCAUCACACCGACAGCUUGUGUGUUUGA